AUGAGUUGUGGCGGUUGGUUGAGUUUACUGGAAACCACACUAACAACGUCAUGGACGAUCUGUCUGCUGCUCGCCACGUUUGUCGCCACGGUCUUCUACUGGUAUCAGAAUCUGCACAAGGAUGACUGGAGCCUUUACGGCAUCAAGUGUCCCAGGAUUCCAGGAAACGUCUUUUUAGAAAUUAAUUUUAAACACUCACUGGCGAACUGGUUAAAGCAAUAUGGAGAAACCUUUGGACUACAGUCUGGAUCUAAGCUAAUUCUGGUGACUGCCAACCUUGACCUGUGGCGACAUAUUCUCAUUAAAGAUUUUAGCAACUUCAUCGACAGAGAACCCAAAAUUAUUUCCAGCUCUCCUUUCAUCUCUUCUUUGUUUUUCGCUCGUGGAUCCGAGUGGCGAAAACAUAGGCAGAUUCUGUCGCCAACAUUUACCACUGGCAAACUAAAAUAUAUUUCCAAGUCAGUUCAGAAAUCUGCACAAGAUCUGACAGAUUAUCUAGAAAAACAGGCCAAGAGUGGAUCGCUCGUAUUGAUAAAAGACGUCUGUGGAAGAUACACCAGCGAGAUCAUUGCAAAAACUGCUUUUGGGCUUGACGCUAAAUUCGUCGGAGAGGAGAAUGCAGAGUUCUACGAGUAUUCUAAAAAUAUGAUUGACUUCAAAAAUCGCCGUGGACUUUCAAAGUUUAUAGCCAAUACUUUGCAGCGCAUCCCCUAUGUGGGUCAAAUGUCAACAGAGGUUUUUAAGCUUCAGUACUUUGACCCAGUAAACUUGGUAUCAAACAAAUAUUUCGAUGUAAUUCUUAAAAGCACAAUUCAAGAAAGAAAGCUGCAACAAAAAAAUGGCGUAGACAGAACCCAUUCUGACCUUCUAGAUUUACUUCUAAAGGCAAACGAGGAAGCGGCGGCUGGAAACCUGGAGAAAUCUGAAGAACUGGAAUGCAUUGAGAAAGGAAACGAUAGAGAAACAUCCGUACAUAAGCUAGGAGAUGAGGAGAUGCUGGGUCAUUCCAUGCUAUUGAUUUUUGCUGGAAUGGAAACAACAGCGACAACGCUGCAAAUGUGUCUCUACGAACUGGCAGCCAAUCCAGAUGUCCAGGAGAGAGUAUUCCAAGAGAUUGCACGAGUCGUCAAACAUGACCUCCCAACAUUGGAAGAACUCCAUGACCUGACCUACAUACAACAAGUCGUGGAUGAAACACUUCGCCUCUAUCCGCCUGUAGCGUCAGCUAAAAGAAUAGCUCUAGAAACCAAAACAUACAACGGUGUUACUAUACCAAAAGGUACCACUGUUGUAUUGCCAUACUUCUACACUUUGAAAGACCCUAGAAUGUUCCAAGACCCAGAGACAUUUAACCCCAGUCGGUUCUCUCCAGAAGAAAAAGACAAACGGGAUCCUCUGGCCUUUUCUGCAUUUGGUCAUGGUCCAAGAAUUUGUCUAGGAAUGAGGUUGGCCUAUCUGGAGCUUAAACAAGGCCUGACACAGAUUAUAAGGAGACUUAGAGUUGUUCUUAACGAUAAAACAGAGCCAAAGAAAGGGUCACAUAGAAUGUCGUUCAGAGAACAUAAUCUUCUAGUGCCAGAAACACCAGUGGCUCUCUUGUUUGAGCUGCGUGAAGCCAACCAGUAA